UCGCUGUUACCACCGCUACUACCACCUGCAUCGUCGAGCGUGUCAACAUACACGUAAACGUCAGGAGGACUACCAAGCCACAUCGGGUUGUUCCUGGAAAAUAAGCAAGAGAACAUUUACAUCUUCGAGACGGCGCGAGAGAAGCAUCAGAGGUGAAACGACGAGGUGUCUUGUUGCUCAUAGGGGAUAGAAAAGAGAGAGUCAGCGAAGCUUCCCCGGUUCUCUCGAAUAGCCGGAAGAUACGGUACCGGAAAUACCACGAAUGAAGCUGUGGUGGAGUUUGGCGCUGGUCGGUGUCGCCCUGUUGAUGAUCAUCGUCACCACCAGAGCGGAAUCUGAUCUAUGGGAGGAAGAUGACAAGGAGGUUCUUGUACGAACUGUUCGUGGCACCAAAGAACGAGCAUCCGGUAGCCCUCCGUCGUGCAGAUACGUGAAGGGUCAAUGGUCGGAAUGCGACUCGAAAACCAACACACGGUCCCGCACACUGAACCUUAAAAAGGGAGACAAGUCCUGCGACCAGAUCAAGAUCAUCCAAAAAAAGUGUAAAAAAGCUUGCCGGUACGAAAAGGGCACGUGGAGCGGAUGCGUGAAUCAGCUGAUGACGAGAGUGGACAAUUUGAAGGCAAACAGUGACGCCUCCUGCGAAAAGACGCGCCGGCUAACCAAAAGGUGUAAACCGGAGACCAACACUAAAAAAUCUCCUAAAGGAGAACGAGCAAGCAAGAAGUCGGGUAAGCAGUAAACAGAAAAAAUCGUCGAUCAUACAAAAUGGUGCGCGGCGAUCUGUUUCGACAACAGGCAACGAAAACACAAUCUUGUCUUUUCCAUGUGAAACUCUAAUUUUCAAACAGAUACUAUUUAGCGUGAGCGUAUGAAAUGAAAUGGACGAAGAAACGGAAACGUUCUGUAUUUUAUAGUACUGGCAGUGAUUGUAAUUGAAAAAAAGAAAUUUCUCAAAUACGAUCUGUAAAUCUGACUUUCGAACGUCUUCGAACGUUGCUGUCGGUACAAGCUCGAUCGUCGAUAAUAAUUAUCGAUCGUAUAUGUCGGCUGUUUUCAGAAUUACUUCCAUUAUAUGUGGCCAAAUGUUAUUAAUCACUAUGCGAAUAUGCAGUAAACAGCAUAGUUGCAUUCAAUAUUGUUCUUAACAGUUCUGCCGACUCUGUAAUUGCUGUGUACCAAUUUACAUGUGAAUAUUACGGAUCUUGUCCUCGAUACAGUAGCAUAAUAAAGUCAUUAACAUUCCUUAUUGUUCCUUAUUAUAAUAAUAUUCUUUUUUCAUUCUUUUACUUGGUUUCCAUUUUUUGGUUGUCGAGUCUUUAAAUAUAAUAAGUAAUUCAAUGAUUAGCCGUAAAUAUAAGUGAUAAAAUAGUUGAUUGUUACUUCUUUUAAGAAAACCAUCUUUCUUUUUUGUAUUUUUUAUUACGAUUACUAGACUAUGCUACUAUACCGAUGAUAAAACGUUCCAAGAUAUAGUAAUUGUAUAGCAAUACGCUAUGGUAAACCUCUAGUUUCAAGAAUCAACACGAAACUACUGCCGUUGAGAUUCUUCGCGAAAUAUAUUCUUGCUAGAAUAUACAUCUCGUUACGAACCCAUUCGAUUUUUCAGCGUUAUAUGAUUAUCGAUCAUAGCGUGUUAGAAAUCCCCAGUUAGAAGUAGUUUAUCUUUUUUUUUAGUAUGCGUCGAAAGAUUAAAGGAACGAAGGAUUGAAGGAACAAAAUAAUAAACUCUAUGUUUUUAAAAUGCCCAUUAACUUUGUCUUCCUCUAAAGAAUAAACGAUCUCGCUAUUGACGCAAAUAUUCAAUCCAUUGAAUCCGCUAGAAGUCUUUUCCGCACACAUUCUUACGCGUAAUGUGUUUUAAGCUGACUCUCUGUUCGGUUUAUUUUUUCAUUGACAAUAUUUAUACUUAAAACCAGGUACAAUGUUUGUGGACAAAGAUUAUAUCUUCUCAACUGUCGCAUAGAUAAUAUACAGUGUUCGAUGUUAACUAUGUCUUAUACAUCCAAAGGUUUCCAAACUUCUCGGACGUUUUUAUUUUUAUUAGGACAUAAUCGAGGUUCCAACGCAAUUCAUAAAUUUAAUUAUAAUAAUGAUAAAAGAAAAGAAACUACUCUUUUGUAAGGGAAGGAGUUAUAAUUAAAACUAAAUAAAUAUUUCUCGUAAUCGUUGAAAUGAAAUAAUUUGGAAAGUGUUAUUUAAAAACUGCCGCGUCCUUAAGUUUGGGAAUCAGCGACUUACGUAAUAAGCACGAUUUAAUAAUUAUUACCAUUCUCCGAUAUGUACUAAUGAUUCUUCUCGACAAGACGUAAACCUUGCAUAAAAUGAAACGUCGAUAUAUACAGUCGUUAUAUGUGUCUCGUAUUAUCUCUGAAUGGAAAAACUUAAUAAUAACGAAAGCCAAAUGAGCAUGAAAAUCAAAUUAACAUAAUGCAAAGUCUCAAGCAUCUCGUAGAUCCGGGGGCUAAUUAAAUUAAUUAGAACUCGUCUCUACGAGGUGUUCCAUUGAAACUAUAGAAAUCAAACCUUUCCCCCUCCCCAGUACAAGAUUGUAUUUGUUUUUAAGUCUAGAUGUAUACAAAACAAGAGAAAAAUUCGGCAAAGUCAAGUCAGCUGAUUCAGGUAAUGAUGCUGGAUAUAUACGGCGUAUCUGUAUAAAAAGAAAAGUAAAAAGAACAACUCAGCGAACACGCGCACUAUACGGAUCGAUCGUAUUGAUCGGUAUCAAUGAUCGUAGAUUAGACUACAUAUGUACAUCAUAUCAUCAUUAUGCAUAAAAAAAA